GGCAGUUGCUUUUGGUAGCGGCCGCGGCUUACGGGGCGUCCGCGCGUGCGCAGCUGAGAAAUGGAACCCUAUUCCUGUGACACUUUUGUGGCAUUACCUCCAGCAACAGUUGGAAAUAGGGUUAUUUUUGGAAAAAAUUCAGACAGACUCUUUGAUGAAGUACAAGAAGUCAUUUCCUUUCCAGCUGCAGUUCAUAAUGACUUGAAAAAACGUCUCAAGUGUACUUAUAUAGAAGUUGAUCAAGUUCCUGAAACAUAUGCUGUUGUCCUUAGUCGCCCAGCUUGGCUGUGGGGGGCAGAAAUGGGUGCCAAUGAGCAUGGAGUCUGCAUUGGGAAUGAGGCUGUAUGGGGAAGAGAAGAUAUUUCUAAGGAGGAGGCACUUUUGGGCAUGGACCUUGUCAGGCUUGGCCUUGAAAGAGCUGACACAGCUGAGAAAGCUCUCAAUGUCAUUGUUGACUUACUAGAAAAAUAUGGUCAAGGUGGAAACUGUGCAGAGGGUGAAGAAUUCAGCUAUCACAACAGUUUCCUGAUCGCUGACAGGAAUGAAGCCUGGGUUCUGGAGACCUCAGGGAAGCACUGGGCAGCAGAAAAAGUCCAAGGAGUUCGUAAUAUUUCCAAUCAGCUUUCCAUAACAACCAAGAUUGACCGGGAACAUCCAGACAUGAGAAACUACGCUAAGCAGAGGGGCUGGUGGGACGGCAAAGAGGAGUUUGAUUUUACUGCGGCAUAUUCUUAUAUUGACACGGCUGCCAUGAUGACUUCACCAAGCAGAUUCUGUCAGGGCUACAAGCUUCUGGAUAAACACAAAGGAAACAUAACUUUUGAAACAAUGGUGGAAAUUCUUCGAGACAGACCCAGUGGCAUCAACAUGAAGGGAGAGUUCCUGACCACGGCAAGCAUGGUUUCUGUUUUACCUCAGGAUCCCAGCCUUCCUUGCAUUCAUCUCUUUACAGGGACUCCACACCCUGAGAGGUCUGUUUUUAAGCCUUUCAUAUUUGUACCACAUAUUUCACCACUGUUGGAUACAAAAUCACCAACAUUUGAACUUGAAAGGCCAGUGGCAAAGAGGUCAUAUGUCAAGCCUGACAGACGACACCUACUCUACCAAAACCAUCAACAAGCCUUGGAAAUUAUAAGUAACAAUAAGGGAAAAAGCAUGACAAUAUUGGACAACCUGAGGAAGCUGGAAAAAGAAGUGUUUGAAGAGAUAGAAUCAAUCCUCCAAAACAGACAUCUCGACCUGGAUAAAACUAUUAAUCUCUUUCCUCGAUAUGUAAAAGAUGAAAUUAAAAUUUAUCAGUCAAAUAUUAGUUCAUAAUGAUCAUUUAAGUGGUCAAAAAUCUUCCUCACUGCCCUGGUAAUGAUACAAAGCUACUUUAAGGAGAUCUGAUUAUUUUUUGAUUGAUAAAAACCACAGUAAUUAGUAUUUGGUUGCAUAAAGCAUGAAACAUAAACAUGAUGCAUGGGCUAUGCUACCAUUAUGUGUUAUUAAGAAAGCUCAAGGCUUUUUUUUUUUUUUCUUAAGCAGUGGAAAGUGUGUCAAGUGUGUUUUUUUGUGCUUUAGGCAAAUAUUAACCAGCUUCAACUAAACAAAUGUCUAGAUUUACGCUGUGUGACACUGCCACACACUCUGCAGAAGCCCUUUCAUUACACUCAAAAGUGUCUAAGGUUUGGCUAAGCAGCAAACUCAUCGCUCUAAUUGUUCAGCUUUUCUUCUCCCUCAUCCUCUCAGAAACUAUUAGUCCUUUUGUUAUCUGUGUAGCUUUCCUUUUCCCAGAAUGCCAGGUAGUUGUAUCUUACAAUAGGUCUUCUGGGAUUGGCUUCUUCAACACACAGCUUUCACCAUGCCUGUCUAUGCUGUGAUAGCUCGUUUCUUCUUAACAUGAAUAGUGCUUUCAGUUGAGUGUGUCACUACUGAAGAGCCUCCAAAUGUGAGUAAACAUCCAUGUGUGAGUUGCUGUGUAGGGUUCAACCCAUGUUGGAGGGAACUGAGGUACUACAGAUCCUAUGGUGUGCGUGAGAAACCACCAUGCUGUCUUCUGCACCCUGCUGCAGCACUGUCACGUCCUGGCCAACUGUCGAUGUGUCAGGAUGUGUCACACACAUUCUGAGUGUGACCUCUCACUUGCGUAGGUAACAGGGAUUGAAGCUCUGGCCUUGCACAUUGUUUUUCAGUUAAUCUGUAAUUCCAACCGGCAUAUGAUGCUGAGUUUCUUUUCGUAUGUUUAUUUUCCAUGUGUGUACUUUCUCCAAUGAGGUGUCUAGAUCUUGGCCCAUUCUUUAAUCAGGUGCUUUUUAUUUAUUUAUUUUACUAAAGAGUCUAAACUUUCUUCUCUAAUUUAAAAUUUUUAUUUUAUGUGUAUGAGUGUUUUGCCUCUCUAUGAAGCACAUGCCUGGUGCCCUCAGAGGGUCUGAGAUCCUCUUGAACUGGAGUUAAAGAUAGCUGUGAGCCACCAUGUGGGUGCUGGGGACCAAACCUAGAUCCUCUCUGCAAGAGCAAGUGUUCUUAAUCCUGAGCUCUCUCUCCAGCCCCUCCCAGCACUCAAGUCUAAACCUCUUAAGAGCUCCUUGUUCAUAGGAUGAAGUCUCAGCCCUUAACAAAUGCCAACAAUAGAUACUUACCUGCUUGCGCCUCCCUUUCAUACAAGUAGUUCUUUUUAGUCUUAGAACUUGCUAACAAGUGAGUUUCUUAGGUGUUUUCCGUCCACAGAAUAAGUUUGUAUAUGGCUCCAAAUUAGUCAUACAUUUAAUUAUUUCAUAGUAGAAUAGAAGUUCCAUGAAAGCCCAUUGUUCAGUGUUAUAUUUGGAUGCUUUGAUAUUAUUUAAUAUUUGCUAAAUGAAUAUUCAAAUACCAGUGAAAAGAAUUUAUACAUAAAUGUAAGGUUGAGUAAAUUAGCUAGCUAAUUUAUCUGUAGCCACAGAAGUCUUAAACUUAUACAAGGAUUAUAUGGAUAUGUGAUUUUCACUGCAGUGUACUCGGUGUGGAUACUUACGUUGGUAAUUAAUACCUUGGAAUGUAUUUUAGAAAUUUUAAUGUUUUCUUAAAUUUCAUCUGUUGCAAAAAAAAAAGUAAUAAACUUGUUUUACAU